CUAGUCUAGGUAAUAAGUAGACUAUUUCUAAUUCUGAGAGAACCUGAUAUCCUUGUGAUGCGCUGGCCGUAUAAAAGGCGUGUCCUGCCCAAAAUUGCAUUAGUUUCUUCUGAAGUCUAAGCCAGACUCCUCCGAUCCGCAAAAAAUGAAAUCGUUCAUCGUACUCGCCCUGUUCGUGGCUGCCGCCGUCGCCGCUCCGCAGCAUCAACACAACCCUGACGCGGACGCGCAAGUCGUGCGUAAUGAGCUAAACAACAUCGGACUCGAUGGCUACCAGUUUGUGGCUGAGACCUCCAACGGCAUCAAGCACCAGGAAGAAGGUCAGCUCCAGAACGUAGGCACCGAAAAUGAGGCUAUCUCCGUCCGCGGCCAGUUCUCCUACGUCGGACAAGAUGGCGUCCAGUACACCGUGACUUACGUCGCCGACGAGAACGGCUUCCAACCCCAGGGCGCCCAUAUCCCCAAGGCUGCUUAAGUUUUCUGACAGACCGGCUAAUAAAGUUUACGUUUUUGUUUUAAUUUGAA